AUGGCCGACAACACCAACGAUCAGAUGAAACAAUUCAAAGACUUUAUACUGAAUUACAAUAAGUUGUCUGAAAUUUGUUUCAUGGAUUGCGUUCACGACAUGACCACCCGAUCCGUGUCCACCAAAGAGGAGACGUGUGCUAACAAUUGUUUCGACAAAUUUCUCAAAAUGAAUCAACGAAUCAGUCAACGCUUCCAAGAGAUCCAACUUCUUCAGAAUGAGAGACAACAACAGCAACAAUAG